GGAGGAGGAGGCAGGAGCGCAGAGCGCCGAGCCCCGCGCCGCCGCCGCGCAAUCCGCCGCCAUCCGCCGCCCCCGCGCCCGGCCGCCGCCCGACCGCCAUCGCCCGGGCCCGUCGCUCGCGGACGCAGACCAGGCAAAUCGGGAGCGGUGCCGAGAAAAAUUUCCUUACUAGAUGACAUUUCAUCGCAAUGUCCGAUCGUUUGGGGCAAAUAACCCAGGGCAAGGAUGGGAAAAGCAAGUACUCGACUCUCAGCCUGUUUGACAAGUAUAAAGGAAGAUCAGUAGGCGCGGUCAGAUCCUCAGUUAUUCCUAGACAUGGCUUACAGAGUCUCGGGAAAGUUGCCACAGCCCGGCGUAUGCCACCACCUGCAAACCUGCCAAGCCUGAAGUCUGAAAACAAAGGAAACGACCCCAACAUCGUGAUAGUACCCAAGGACGGGACAGGAUGGGCCAACAAGCAGGACCAGCAAGACCCAAAGAGUUCCAGUGUGACAGGCUCUCAGCCGCCGGAGUCGCAGCCGCAGCCGGCUUUGCAGAAAUCUGUCUCCAAUUUGCAGAAGCCGACACAGUCAAUCAGUCAGGAGAACACAAGUUCAGUGCCAGGUGGACCAAAGUCAUGGGCACAGCUGAGUGGAAAGCCAGUCGGACACGACGGUGGUUUAAGGGGCUCAAGCCGACUAUUAUCCUUCUCUCCCGAGGAAUUUCCGACGCUGAAAGCAGCCGGAGGGCAGGACAGGGCUGGCAAAGAAAAGGGCGCCUUCGAUCUGUCGUAUGGGCCAGGACCAAGCCUCCGCCCUCAGAAUGUGACGAGCUGGAGGGAGGGUGGUGGGCGAAACAUCAUUUCUGCCACGUCUCUGAAUGCCUCCCCAACAGAGCUGGGCAGCAGGACCUCCAGUGCGGGAGAUGGAGCCCCCUCCUCGACAUGCACCAGCGACUCUAAGGACCCCUCUCUCCGCCCAGCCCAGCCCAUCCGCAAAGGGGCCUCACAGUUCAUGGGACACAUUUACCAGCCUCCCACUUACCAUGACAUGCUUCCUGCUUUUAUGUGUUCACCACAGUCCUCAGAGAACCAGGGUACGGUGGAACGGAGCCCCUUCCCCCUUCCUCAGCUCCGCCUGGAACCCCGGGUUCCUUUUAGACAGUUCCAGAUGAAUGACCAAGAUGGGAAAGAAAGGUCCGGCCUGGCGCGCCCAGUACGCCCACUGAGGCAGCUGGUGGAGCGGGCACCACGGCCCACUGUCAUCAACGCAGAGAACCUGAAGGGCCUAGAUGAUCUGGACACGGAUGCAGACGAUGGCUGGGCAGGCCUCCAUGAGGAAGUGGACUAUUCCGAGAAACUGAAGUUCAGUGACGAUGAAGAUGAGGAGGAAGUUGUGAAGGAUGGGCGGUCAAAGUGGAGCAGCUGGGACCCGAGGCGGCAGCGAGAGUCGUCACUGAGCUCUGCAGACAGUGCUGAUGCCAGGCGCUCUCAAGAGGAAGGAAAGGACUGGGGAGAAGCAGGGAAUGUGUCCCGCGUUGUCCGGAAGGGGCCAGAGCCGCAGCCUCCUUCCAGGAAGCUCCACAGCUGGGCAUCUGGCCCUGACUACCAGAAGCCCACAAUGGGCAGCACGUUCCGACAGCAGUCCUCUGAGGACAAGGAGGACAAGCCACCCCCACGGCAGAAGUUCAUCCAGUCAGAGAUGUCGGAGGCUGUGGAGCGAGCCCGAAAGCGCAGGGAAGAAGAAGAGCGCCGGGCCCGGGAGGAGAGGCUGGCGGCCUGUGCGGCCAAACUCAGGCAGCUGGAUCAGAAGUGCAAGCAGGCCCCGAAGGCCAGCGAGGCCCUGAAGCCUGUGGAGAAGGAGGGCCCCCGGUCCCCGGGCAUCGAGAAGGCCUCCCCACAGGAGAACGGCCCUAUUGUCCGCAAAGGCUCCCCAGAGUUCCCUGUCCAAGAAGCCCCGAGCAUGUUCUUAGAAGAGACACCUGCAACAUCCCCUGCAGUAGCUCAGAGCAGCAGCAGCAGCAGCAGCAGCGAGGAAGAAGCCAGGGAGGCCGAGUCCCCUGCACAGGAGUUCAGCAAGUAUCAGAAGUCCCUUCCUCCUCGUUUCCAGCGGCAGCAGCAGCAGCAGCAGCAGCAGCAGCAGCAGCAGGAGCAACUAUACAAGAUGCAGCACUGGCAGCCGGUGUACCCCCCGCCUUCUCACCCCCCGCGCUCCUUCUACCCACACCACCCCCAGAUGCUGGGCUUUGACCCGCGGUGGAUGAUGAUGCCCUCCUACAUGGACCCACGCAUUACACCCACUCGGACACCCGUGGACUUCUACCCCUCAGCCCUGCAUCCUUCAGGACUGAUGAAGCCCAUGAUGCCUCAAGAGUCCCUCAGUGGGACUGGCUGUCGCUCUGAAGAUCAAAACUGUGUGCCCUCACUCCAAGAAAGAAAAGUGACCACCAUCGACCCAACUCCCGUGUGGAGCCCUGAGGGCUACAUGGCACUGCAGAGCAAAGGUUACUCACUGGCCCACCCGAAGUCUGCCGACACCCUGGCCAUGGACAUGCACGUCAGGAAUGAAAGGUCUUACUCUGCCUCCCCCGGAAGGUCAGGGGGCUUAAGUGCCCAGCGCGAUCUCUUUGAGGAGAGAGGGGAGGAGUUCUUGAGUGCUUUUGACAAGAAGGCCCAAGCAGACUUUGACAGCUGUGUUUCUGCUCAGAGAAUAGGCCAGGAGCUUUUAUUUCCACCCCAGGAAAAUGUUCAGGAGGUGGGUGCUCCUGGGGGGCGUACCCCAAACCUCAGGUGUUCCCCAUUGGAGCCCGACUUUGUCCCAGCCGAGAAAAAGCCAGAGUAUGGCAGUUGGGAUGUUGGCCACCAGCCACAGGCUGCCGACACAGCUAACAGUGUCGAGCGGGAGGCACCCCAGGAGGAGCCAUCCUUCCACGCUUCCUCCUGGGAGAAGGAAGGGAGCCCCAAGAAACAACCAAACCCAGAGCCCGAGUGGACGCCCGAGUCCCGGAGCCAGCACCAGGAGCAGCCGGGCAGGACCCGGAGGUCGGGACCCAUCAAGAAACCUGUCCUCAAGGCCCUGAAGGUGGAAGAGAAGGAGAAGGCGCUGGAGAGGGCCAGGCAGGGCCUGGGAGAGGAGAGCUCUCAGCCGGCCCUAGACAAAGAGCCCAUGUGCGGGACAGAAGAAGAUGAGGAUGAAGAGAACAACCCUGCUCUGGCCAAUGCCUCCUCUUCUGCCCUGGAGGACAAGGCUGCUGCCCGGCCUGGGUUUGGCCAUGAGGCCAGCAAGCCGGAUGAAGACGCUAAGGCUGAUAAGACCUGGGAGAGCAGGCCCUCGAGGGAUGCCAGUGACAUUCCCCCAACCAAGAGAAACAACUGGAUCUUCAUUGAUGAGGAGCAGGCCUUUGGGGGCCGGGGCCAGACCCGCAGCCGUGGCCGCGGCUUCAGAGAGUUCACCUUCCGAGGCAGCCGGCCUGCAGGCAGCAACACAAGUGGUCUGUGUGGCACGGGUGUCCUCGGGGCUCGCAGCAUGUACAGUGGUGGCCAGCGCAGUAGCCGAGGCAGGGGCCUUCGUGACUUCCCCCUGCCAGAAGACUGCCCUAGAGCCAAGCCCAGGCGCCGCAUCGCCAGUGAGACCCACAGCGAGGGCUCUGAGUAUGAAGAGCUACCCAAGAGGCGGCGUCAGCGGGGCUCCGAGCCUGGCCACGAGGGCAUGCUCCUGGAAAGGGACGAGGGCGCCCUGAAGAAGGACUCUUGGCGCUCCAACAGGACUUACACAGAGGACCAGGGUGGCCUAGAUGCCCGCAGCCGGGGACCCCGGGCCUGUGGGAGGGCCCUCCCACCUCGCCUAAGCAAUUGCAGCUAUGGCCGAAGAACCUUUGUCACCAAAGAGCCUCCCCACUGGCAGAGCCGGAGCCCAGGUGGCUCCUGGCAGGAAUAUGGCCCCUCGGACCCAUGUGGCCCACGGCGAACCACUGACAGAGACUACAUCCCAGACUCCUACCGACACUCUGACACAUACGGCAGCAGGGUCUUCGAGGACAGCCGCAUGGAGGACAAGAGGUCCUUUUUCCAAGAUGACCACGGGGCAGAUUCUGAAAAUGCAGAGAACAGGCCCUUCCGCCGGAGGCGGCCCCCACGCCAAGACAAGCCCCCUCGCUUCCGGCGCCUCCGUCAAGAGCGGGAGUCCCUGGGCUUGUGGGGACCCGAGGAGGAGUCCCACCUGCUGGCAAGUCAAUGGCCAGGCCGGUCCAAACUCAGUCCUGGGGACAAGAGUGGUCCUGGAGGUCACAGGUCCCCAGAGCUCUCCUACCAGAAUUCUUCUGAUCAUGCCAACGAAGAGUGGGAGACGGCCUCUGAGAGCAGCGACUUCAGCGAGCGUAGGGAGCGGCGAGAAGGCCUUGCAGCUGAGCCUGAAGCACAAGGGGAUGGUGGCCUGUCAGGGGCCAGUCUGGGUGAGAAGAAGGAGCUGGCCAAGCGGAGCUUCUCCAGCCAGAGGCCCCUGGCUGACAGACAGAGCCGCAAGCUGGAGCCGGGAGGGUUUGGGGAGAAGCCUGUUAGGCCAGGUGGGGGUGAGGCUUCCCCCCGCUGCGAGAGCCAGCAGAGCGGGACUUCUCUGAAAGUCAAAAGGUCUCCAGAUGAGGCCUUGCCUGGAGGCUUUGGUUGCAGCAGUGGAAGCCACUCACCCUAUGCCCUGGAGCGGACCACUCACACCAGCUCCGACAGUCCUGAAGCCACCAGGAAGAAAGCAGAGAAGGAGGCUCCCCUGGCUGCCCAGAGGGCUGGUGAGCAGCAGGAAGAGGCCCGCAAGCAGUUUGAUCUGGGCUAUGGAAAUGCCAUCAUUGACAACUGCGCGUCCAGCCCUGGGGAGGAGAGUGAAGUGGGCUCCAUGGUGGGGGAAGGCUUCAUUGAAGUCUUGACCAAGAAGCAGCGCCGCCUGCUGGAAGAGGAGAGAAGGAAGAAGGAGCAGGCUGCUCAGGUGCCUGUCAAAGGUCGGGGCCUUUCAGCACGUAUCCCCCCUCGGUUUGCCAAGAAGCAGAGCAGCCUGUGUCUGGAGCAAGGCGACGCGGCUGUGCCUGGCAGCAGCCUGGGCACUGAGAUCUGGGAGAGCGGCAGCCAAGCAGCCCUCCCUGUGCAGGGCGCAGCCAGCGAUUCCUGGAGGAAAGCCGUCACCGCCUUCAGCAGCACUGAGCCUGGCACCACAGAGCAGGGUUUUAAGAGCAGCCAGGGAGAUAGUGGUGUUGACUUGAGUGCUGAAUCUCGGGAGUCAUCCGCGACCUCCUCACAGCGCAGUUCCCCAUAUGGUACUCUCAAGCCAGAGGAGAUGAGCGGGCCUGGCCUGGCGGAAUCCAAGACCGACAGCCACAAGGACCAAGUUCAGAAGCAGUCUGAGCACAAGGACUCAGAUCAAGGAUCUGGACAGAGCAAGGAGCACAGACCAGGACCCAUCGGCAAUGAGCGCUCCCUGAAAAACAGAAAGGGCUCGGAGGGGGCCGAGCGGCUGCAAGGGGCCGUCGUCCCGCCUGUUAAUGGGGUGGAGGUUCACGUGGACCCUGUGCUGCCUGUACCCCCCAUUGAGUUUGGGGUCAAUCCAAAAGACUCUGAUUUCAGCCUGCCACCCGGUUCUGCUUCUGGUCCUGUAGGAAAUCCAGUUGCCAAGCUUCAGGAUGUCUUGGCUAGUAAUGCAGGACUGACGCAGAGUAUCCCCAUCCUUCGGCGGGAUCACCACAUCCAGAGAGCCAUCGGCCUGUCUCCCAUGUCCUUCCCCACUGCAGACCUCACAUUGAAGAUGGAGUCUGCACGCAAGGCUUGGGAAAACUCCCCCAGUUUGCCGGAGCAGAGCUCUCCCGGAGGUGCAGGCUCGGGGAUCCAGCCUCCAUCCUCUGUGGGCGCCUCCAACGGAGUCAACUACAGCUCCUUUGGUGGAGUGUCCAUGCCGCCCAUGCCUGUGGCUUCUGUAGCGCCUUCUGCCUCCAUGCCAGGCAACCACCUCCCACCUCUGUACCUGGAUGGCCACGUGUUUGCAAGUCAGCCCCGACUGGUUCCUCAAACGAUACCUCAGCAGCAGAGUUACCAGCAGGCUGCCACUGCCCAGCAGAUCCCAAUCUCCCUCCACACAUCUCUGCAGGCCCAGGCGCAGCUUGGGCUGAGGGGUGGGCUCCCCGUCUCCCAGUCCCAGGAGAUCUUCAGCUCCCUGCAGCCUUUCAGGUCUCAGGUGUACAUGCACCCCAGCCUGUCACCACCCAGCACUAUGAUCCUCUCUGGGGGUACCGCCUUGAAACCCCCAUACUCUGCGUUUCCUGGCAUACAGCCCUUGGAGAUGGUGAAGCCACAGUCCGGCUCACCCUACCAGCCUAUGAGUGGAAACCAGGCCCUGGUCUACGAGGGCCAGCUUGGCCAGGCUGCCGGGUUGGGUACCUCCCAGAUGCUGGAUUCCCAGCUUCCACAGCUCACGAUGCCGCUGCCUCGGUAUGGCUCUGGGCAGCAGCCACUGAUUCUACCACAGUCCAUUCAGCUGCCUCCAGGACAGAGUCUCCCUGUUGGGGCCCCCCGAAGGAUUCCUCCACCUGGCUCCCAACCACCAGUCCUGAACACCAGCAGAGAGUCCGCUCAGAUGGAGCUGAAAGGCUUCCACUUUGCCGACAGUAAACAGAAUGUUCCUCCCGGAGGCUCCGCACCAUCCCCGCAGGCCUACAGGCCUAGCUCUGCUAGCCCCAGUGGGAAGCCCUCUGGAUCAGCAGUUAACAUGGGCUCUGUGCAGGGACACUACGUUCAACAGGCAAAGCGAGUGGAUGACAAACCCGGCCUGGGAACCGUGAAGCUGCAGGAGGUCUCCUCAGCCGCCUCCCAGGUGAAGCGGACUGGAGCCAUCAAGCCUCGGGCAGUCAAGGUGGAGGAGAGUAAAGCCUGAAGGUGCCUGGCAUCUUUUGCCUCACCCUAACAAGGAUGGUGCAGCACCGCCAGCCUGGACAGCCACCACCUGACCUGGGACCUUGCCAGAUCCACCAUCCCACUGUCCUACCACUUGGCCUGGACAGGCUCUCUUCCACUCCCGAAAGCUCCUGAAAGUUCCAUCGUCAGCCAGCCCGCAUCGUGGAUAUAUGGCAUUGACCUGCUUGCUUUGGUACAAGAGCAGACUCCCUCCUUCCCGCCCCUCUGCCCAGUGACUGUGGAGUGAGUCUCCUGUGCAGUGCAGACCUGCCCGCCCGCCCCAUUCCCCAGGCACAGUGGUUUGGCAGCAGGGUCGUUUUAGCUGGAGGCUUUUU